AUGGAGCAAGAACAACAGAUUCAAAAUAAUCAAAGGACAUUGAGCUCAUAUGCUACACCUACUCUAGAUGACACUACCUCAAGCAUUAGGAGGCCAAAUGUGCAAGAAAACAACUUCGAGAUCAAACCUGCAAUUAUUCAAAUGAUCCAGAUGAGUGUACAAUUUUCUGGCCCUAAUGAUGAUCCCAACUCUUAUAUUGCUAAUUUUCUUGAAAUAUGUGAUACUUUUAGGCAUAAUGAAGUUAGUGAGGAUGCAGUUCGACUUAGGUUGUUUCCCUUUUCCUUGAAAGAUAGAGCAAAAGAAUGGCUUAAUUCUCUUCCUGAAGGUUCUAUUUCUACAUGGAAUGAUUUAGCACAAAAUUUUUUAUCUAAAUAUUUUCCACCUUCUAAAACGGCUAAAUUAAGGAAUGACAUAACAAUUUUUUCACAAUUUGGUAAUGAAUCCUUAUAUGAGUCGUGGGAGAGAUUUAAAGAAAUGCUUAGGAAAUGUCCUCACCAUGGUUUACCUAUUUGGAUGCAAGUGCAAACUUUUUAUAGUGGCAUUAAUCAAUCUUCUCGUUCGAUGUUAGAUGCAACUGUAGGUGGUACCCUUAUGAGGAAAACUCCCGAGGAAGCAUAUGAACUCUUGGAGGAGAUGGCAGCCAACAGUUAUCAAUGGGACAAUGAGAGAGCAAAUAAAAAGGGAGUUGGAAUUUAUAAUGUUGAUUCUAUCACUGCUUUAUCUGUUCAAAUUGCUGAAUUAAAUAAGAAUUUGGGUAAUUUGGGGGUUUCAACUAUGAAUGCUUCUUCUUCUUCUUCUUCCCAUUUUCUUUCUUGUGAGCUUUGUGGGCGAGGGGGACAUGCUAGUGUAGAUUGUCAAGUAGGAAAUCCUUUUUCUAGUUCUUCUAAACAAGCUAAUUUUAUUUCUUAUGGUGGCAACAAGUCAAAUUUUAAUCCCUACUCCAACACUUACAAUCCAGGAUGGAGGAGCCAUCCUAAUCUUUCUUGGAGUAAUAAUCAACAAAGAGUGCCCCCUGGCUUUCAACAACAACAACAUCAAAUUCCACAGGAGAAGAAAUCGAAUUUGGAAGAUAUAAUGGCAAAGUGUAUCAAUAGUACAGAGGCAAGAAUGCAAAGCUUGGAAACUCAAAUUGGACAACUUGCCCAAGCGAUUUCAGAAAGACCACAAGGAGCCUUGCCUAGCAAUACUGAGAAGAAUCCAAGGGAGCAUGUAAAAGCCAUCACUUUGCGAAGUGGAAAAGAACUUGAAAGUAAAGAAAAAGAUGAAGAGCAUACAAAAGAGGAAGAAAGCUAA